AUGGAUGAGUUUAACAGUGAGAAGCGAGUUAGAGAUGACUCGAACGGCUCGGAUCUGGAUCCACCCGAGGUGAAGAGACUCAGGGAUGAUUUCCUAGAUUUUCUUGACGAAUCGGAUUCUUUGCCUGUUAAUCAAGACCUUGCAUCGGUAAUGAAGAGUUUCGAAGAGGAGAUAUCUGCUGCGCUGUCUACUUCGGCGGAAUCGGUGGUGGUUGUUGAUUCGACUUCCGAUUCCGGCGCGUCACAGCCGGAUCUCGGUUAUCUUUUCGGUGCUUCCGACGACGAGCUUGGUCUGCCUCCUACUGCUUCUACAACCGGCGGUGAAGAAAUAUCCGAAGUAACGGAUCUGGCACCAGUCGAGUCACACUCGCCUGGAAUAGGUAAUUUGUGGGGGUUUGAGGUGCCGAGCCCGGGCUAUGAUUCCUUUGAGUUUGGAUUCUAUGAUAAUUACAAUGACCAUAUUUCUUAUGAUGGAUUGUUCGAGGACGCCGAUGUUUAUUAUGACUCCUCCGAUAUUUCCGCUCAUUUAUGGCGGCCGGAACCUCUGUCGGCGGAGUAA